UUAAUGAAUGUCCAUCACAGAUCCUACUGAGUAACCAACUAGAAUUGAAAUGGCUGCCAGAUUUUUUCGUUGUUUCUCAUCGAAAACGUCAUCUGCUAACCCUAAAGUAUUUUUCGAUAUAAACAUAUCAGGAGAAAAAGCUGGACGUGUAACCUUUGAACUCCGUAAAGACAUUGUUCCAAAAACUGCUGAAAAUUUUCGAUGUCUUUGCACCGGAGAAAAGGGUUUUGGAUUUAAAGGAAGCCAUUUUCACAGGAUUAUACCAGGAUUUAUGUGCCAGGGAGGGGACUUUACCAGCGGAAACGGGACUGGUGGAAAGAGCAUAUAUGGAGAAAAAUUUAAGGAUGAAAAUUUUCAAUUAAAACACACAGGUCCUGGUAUUUUAUCAAUGGCCAAUGCUGGCCCGAACACCAAUGGUUCACAGUUUUUUAUUUGUACUGAAAAGACUGAAUGGCUUGAUGGGAAGCAUGUGGUAUUCGGCAAUGUCACAGACGGUAUGGAUGUUGUCCGUAAUAUGGAAAGUAAGGGUACGCGAGGUGGACAGGUUUUAAAAAAGGUGACCAUUGAGGAUUGUGGUGAAUUAUCUUCUGAAGAAUAAAAUCAUGCUUUUUAAAUUUUUAUUAAAAACUUGCAGUCAAUCAAAUUCUACAUUUGUGUGGUUUGAAUUUUUUCACUCGGAGUUAUACUAGUGGUUCUCAACUGUUUCUCUUUCGUGGCCCUUAACUUGUUUAUGCAAGUGAAAAACUAUGUUCAAUCAAUUGCCACUACAAUCGAAAUUUAACUAUAGUGAUACAGAUGAAACUAGCAAUGGGCCAUAUUCCACUGAUUAACACCGCAUGGCCCCCAGAGAAGUACCAAUUUUGAAUCGUGAAUUGAGUUUUCAAUUUAAGUUUAAAAUUCUUCAGCCCAUUAAAUCUUUUUAUGCAAGUGUGAAGUACGAAAAAAGUA